GACAAGAUGAGGUCACUGAAGCGUAAGAGAGUUGAAGCGCCAUGCAUCCCAACACUUGAGGAUGUGCAUCCCUACAGUAGGUGGAAUUUGUGUGUCCGAGUGUACCACAAGUUCCAUGUGGAGAGGUUGGCUUCUGGCAGAAAGCGGCUUAACAUGGUGUUAUUGGAUGAGAAGGGUAAGAAAAUGGCCGCUGUAGUAUAUGAUGACGACGUCGAUCGGUUUGAUCCUUUGCUCGUAGAGGGGCGGGUAUAUUAUGUGUGGAAGAUGCUUGCAGAACCAAUUAUGAGGAAUCAGGAUUAUUUGUUGCAGAUAGUCAAUUUGUGUGCCGUUUCAGCUUAGUGACAACAAUUAAUGAGUUGAGAAAUGUGAAUGAGCGCUUGAUCCCAUUGUUCCCUGCGUUUAUUCCUUUUGACAGAGUUUGGGAGUUCACCCUAGAUAAUGAUACAUAUGUUGAUGUUAUUGGCAUGGUUUUAUUUGUAAGUUCUAUGGGAUAUAAAGACGAUUUCUACAAUCGGAGGAUCCCAGUGAGAAAUAUUGUUCUGCUAGAUGACACCUAUAAUAUUGUCAAGUUAGUUGUAUGGGACAAGUUGGUGACUAAUAAUCUAAGUACAUGGGAAAAACUCGCCAAUCAGCGUGCUAUUGUCGUGGCAACAAUGUUACGUGCAGAGCGCACCGAUCGUGGCCUGCAUACUACAGACUUUAGUAGGAUGCACUUUAACCCAAACAUCACAGCAGCGCGUGAAUUAAGGCAGAGGAUCAAUAAUGAUCUUGCUGGACAAUCACCUCCAUGAAUCAAAAGAAUAUGAAGAAUGGAGUCGUGAAGCAAAAGUGAAGUCUUAGAAUAAUAGGAUAAUGCGUUACUUAAGCUAGGUUGAGCUACUUUUGAACCGUGUUACUUCACUUUGCUUAAUUUUGGGUGUACGGUGCCGUGGACAAUGAUGGAAAGUGCUUUUGUGAUCCUUGUUGUAACUGAAACUGAGUUUCACUUAUGAAGUCAAAUCUUAAGGUAGUGUAGUGCCAAGACCACAUGAACAACAUAUCAAGUUGGUGUGAUCUCAGAGUAAAGUAAAAUGUAACAGCUUGGAGGCAUGUUGAGUCGCAAAUAGUUGUUCACAUGUAUUAGCUAA